AUGCCUGGACAUCUCGGUCAGAAAAUAAUAAACGCCUUGGGAGGUCACUCACAUCAUGAUCGCCCGCAGCAGCCCCUCCCGGGUCGUGCGAUGGUACACGACGACGAACGCCCGCUAUCCUCCCCACCAAACGGGGGCACCUACCCCCGACUCGCACGUCUUUCCGAUGGAUCAAUUUUAUCCUCAUUUACCCGAUUCCCAGAUGGGAAAAGGGCUCUCUGUGUCGCCCGUAGCACGGAUAACGGCCGCACCUUUGAGAACUUAUCCGAAGUGACUCGCGCAGAGGGGGAUGUGGAUAACAUGUUCUUGCUCGAGGUGGCACAGGGAGUUGUAUUAGCGGCCUUUCGCAACCACGACGUCGGACCGAGCGGUCCCACUCAUUUCCGUAUCACAGUAUGCAGGUCCAAGGAUGGAGGACGUACAUGGCGUUUCGCAUCCCAGGCAGCCGAGAAAGGUGCCCCACUCGGUAUAUGGGAACCCUUUAUGCGACUCGGUAAACGGGGAGAAGUCCAGCUCACCUACUCGCAAGAGUUUGCACCAAACAACCAGUGCACGAUGCUCGUCACGUCCGAGGAUCAGGGAAGUUCUUGGAGUCGUGCUGUCUGUUUGCACGGCGACAAUGAUCCCCUGCGCGAUGGCAUGAACGGCAUUGCGACUUCUUUCGACAAUGACCGCGAAGCGUUGGUUAUGGUUUUUGAAACUACAAGACAUGGUCCGUUUAGUAUUGAAGCGCUCAUCUCUUACGAUGAUGGGACUUCCUGGAAUCACCGCCAAGAGGUGUUCCGGCCAAAACCUGGACAUAAUGCGGGAUCACCACAGAUUACGUCGUUUCCCAAUGGCUCUAUGGUCGUUGUUUUUAUGACUGAUGAGGACUCGCCCAAGGUGGAUUGGGUUAAAAAUGCUUCCAUCAAGGCCGUUUUCGCUGCGCCGCCACAGAAUGGGCAAAUUCGAUGGACCGAGCCCAGUGUCGUAUCGCCGGCGUCGAGCUUUUGGCCCGGUGUGAUGGCGAUCGAUCAUCAUACAGCUUUGGUCACUUAUGACCGCGGUGGUCCUUUAGCGAAGACAGUCACCUGGCACCCCUAA